CGUCUACAAUUCCGAGGACAGCGCAUUUGGAUGGCUGCAAUGGAGGAUCUGAUGUCGAAAGGAAUGCAUUUUGUCAAAAGUGAAGUGUCUCAGUGAUGCUGGGCUAUUUCUUGAUGCGCCUGGUGUGUGGGGAAAUGAAGGUGUGGUCAAGUGCAGUAAUCCAGAUUCUUGUAAACUCGUAAAACUCAUUUGAGAUGAACCAACAAGUUCAAGCUGAAGUAGCAAUGCUUUCUGAAACGAAUUCUAUUUCCAGGGUUUGGGAAUCUAAGUUCAUUUACCACUUAUUGAUGGUUGUGAUAUAUUGUGUUCCAUGGAAGAGUCAUACACCACCGGCCUCCCCACCAGCCAUUUGGCCGGUUCUGUUAUGGCUGUCACAACUAGAGAAAAGAGUACUACGAAACAAGAUGCAGAGACGUGCAUAGUUGAAGAACCUCAAAAAAAAUUGGUCAUGUCAGCAUCUGAGAAACCAUCAUCAUCUUCUUCAGUGACGAGUACUGUAGCAUUAGCAAGAGAUAUUGAUCCACUAUUGAAGGAUUUGAACGAAAAGAAGCAGAGUUUCAAGCGCAACGUGGUGUCUUUGGCUGCAGAGUUGAAGGAUAUUCAAAACCGUCUUGCUUCACAGGAACAAUCUUAUGCCAAAGAAACCUUAACAAGAAAGGAAGCAGAGACUAAAGCCAAGAGCAUGGAGUUUGAAAUUGGAAGAUUGCAAAAGAAAUUGGAAGAAAGGAACGAGCAUCUUCCAAUUGCAUUAAGAGAUAUAAAGCAACACGACAUUACUCAAAGCAUGUGCGGGAUACUGGUUGAUUGGAUUGUAGAGAUUUGCAUAAUGUAAUUUUUCUCAUAUAAGAAAUGUUAUGAAUUAUAGUUGAUAAAUUUAGUAUGGUUGAACAAUACACUGAGGAUUAUAGUUAAUAUAUCAAUACAUUUUGUCUAUGUUUUGAAUUA